GCGCGGGGCCGGCGCGCUAGCCUGGUGCUCGCACUACGCGUCCCGACAGCCUUUGCGCUUCUCCCCCCGUGCCCAGGCCUUGCCUGACCUCUCCGUCCCGUCCCGCGCCUGCCCUGCUCUCCUUGCCCAGGUGCAGCGGCAGCUGCUGCGCAGGUUGUUCUGCGGGUUUCGGGGAGCUGCGUUCUUCCUGACCCCCACCUCAGCACGGCCAGGAAGCGCCCUCUGUUUUUAAGUCCUAGCAGCAGCACGGGCACAGCCCAGUCGUGGCUGGGGGCAGCGUCUGGCUGGGGCUGGGGAUACACCUCUCCAUCUCCGUCCCCUGCACUCUCUUCUGUUUGGCCUGAUGUCUUGUCAAGCGGUCAGGUCUGGUAGUUAACUGGUCAGGACAAGGGCUACAAAAGCUGGGUCCAAUAUUACCGUGCGAUGCUGAUACUCACACUCUGAUUCUGGAUAAAAACCAAAUAAUUAAAUUGGAGCAUUUGGAGAAAUGCAGAAACCUGAUGCAGCUGUAAAAUCUGGAAAUAAAUGAUCACAAAUUGGAGCAGUACCCACAAAUUCAUGGCAAUGCAUCUGAGGAAUAUGUAAUAUAAAAUGAAAGCCCAGGCAGUUUGCUGUGUACAUUAACUUCCAGGCUACAAGAUAUCCUUUUUUACUUAUUUACUAACAUGAUAUUUAGCAUAUGGUAUAAAAUACAGUAUGUAAUAUAAAAUUAUUAUUAAUAUAUAUUUGAGUUAAAGGGGGAAAAGAAAUGUAAAUGGGGUAAAACAAGUAGCAAAAAUGUUUAAUGUAAAAUUAGAAAGUUCUAAAUUCCCUUCCUGAUGUCCUGAGUUAUUUAGGCUUGAUCUUGCAAGCAUAUUUAACUUUGACAUUAGAAAUAAUUUCAUUGAAAUAGAUGGGCUUAUGCUUGUUAGUUAAGUUAAGCACACACGUAAACUUUUGCAGGAUGAGGGGGUUGGUCCUUACAGGAUCUGUCUAACACAGUGGUGCUCAGUGUUUUAGAACAGUGGUUCUCAAUCUUAUUGUACCAGGACUCAUUUGUAAACAUUGAUGGCCAGUGAACCCAGUGAGCAGUGUGGAGCCUGGACAUGCGAUGCACAGCCUAUGGUACCCCAAGCCCCUGCCUUCUGCCGCUGACAGCAGGGCUGUUAAUAACUGUCUCUCCCAGUCCAGAUCUGCUCUGGGCAGCAGUGGUGGCAGUUCCUGGGACAUGGGAUGGAAUGCUGCUGUCAGUGGCCAAUAAUCGGCUGGUACGAAUGAUGGGUGUAGCAAAACUUACUCAGCUCCAGGUACUAAAUCUGCCUCACAAUAGCAUUGGUUACGUGGAGGGCUUAAAGGAUCUGGUGCACCUGGAAUGGCUAAACCUGGCAGGAAAUAACCUGAAGAUGACAGAUCAGAUCAACAGCUGCGCAUCUCUUCAACAUCUUGAUCUAUCAGAUAAUAAUAUAUCUCAAAUAGGAGAUCUCUCCAAGCUUACAUCUCUAAAGACUCUUCUGCUCCAUGGAAAUAUUAUAACUUCUCUUCGCACAGCCCCUGUUUGCCUACCUCAAAGUCUGACCAUUCUUUCAUUGGCAGAAAAUGAAAUCAGGGACUUAAAUGAGAUUUCUUUCUUGGCUUCUCUUCCUCAAUUGGAGCAGUUGUCAAUUAUGAGCAACCCUUGUGUGAUGGCUACGCCUUCUAUUCCUGGAUUUGACUAUCGACCCUAUAUUGUCAGCUGGUGUUUGAACCUUAAAGUUCUAGAUGGAUAUGUGAUUUCUCAGAAAGAAAGUUUGAAAGCAGAAUGGCUUUAUAGUCAAGGUAAAGGGCGAUCAUAUCGACCUGGGCAGCACAUUCAGUUAGUUCAGUACCUUGCCACUGUUUGUCCUCUUAUUUCUUCGUAUGGUCUCCAGACUGAAGAGGAUGCCAAACUGGAAAAAAUACUAAGUAAGCAGAGGCUCCACCAGAGGCAACUGAUGUACCAAAGCCAAAAUGAAGGACCAAUUACAUCCUCUACUCCCAACAAAGGGGUGUCACUUGUGUGUGAACAAAGCAGUCCCGCCCUGGGGCCACAGAUAGUCCUUGAAAGUGAACCUGUUAUCCAAAUGAAUUCUUGGGUUGGGCCAAGCACCAAUGAUGAUCACUCUUACGCAGCAAAGAAUGCCUUUCCAGUUGAAAGAAGUUGUCGCAAAGAGCUGUACCUGGAAGAUAUACAGACUGAUGAAGACAAACUGAACAGCAGUCUUCUCUCCUCCGAGUCUACUUUUAUGCCUGUUGCUUCAGGAUUGUCUCCUGUAUCUCCAACUACAGAACUGAGACUACAUGGAAUCACUUCAGACAUGGAAGAUGAUGAUGCUACAGUGAUUGAAUUUGUGAAAGAAGUUAAUAAGGAGAGUGCAGAUAACAAACAAGAAAAGAUUUCUUGGGUUACAAUAGAGUGCUCCAUCAAAGCAACAGAAUCUGUAGAAGCUCAAGAGAAAAAUAAAGAGGCUGAAUUAUUACCUUUCCUUAAUCCAGCAACAGUUGCUGCUGAUCUGACUGCUAGUACUAGCUGCUCUCUAGCCUCCUGUGUAGACCAAGUUCUCGGGAGUUACUCUAUCCCAUCAGUGAAUGAUGAACAAACUCUUCUUUCAGACCACACUGUAAAGAGAGAUUCUAUUGAUGAAUUGGCUUCUGUGGACCAUGAUGCAGGUGAAUUGCAAAAACUGAACAAAGCAGCCACCAAGCUUCAGGCCUGCUGGAGAGGAUUUUAUGCAAGGAACUACCAUCCCAAAGCCAAGGAAGUGCGUUAUGAAAUUCGCCUAAGCAGAAUGCAAGAGCACAUUGUUUGCUUAACUAAUGAAGUAGCAAAACUAAUAAGAGAGAGAGAUGAAGAAAAGAUUCAAAGACUUGUACAAGAGGAGGCCAUCAGCUACCUUUGGGACCAGGUUCAAUCACUUCAACAGUGGCAACUUACAAUGAACCAAAAUCUUAAUACAAUCUGGCAGCAUCCUGUUCCUAUAUCAAGUACUUUGAAUUCAUCCAACCUACCUGUUCAGUCAUCUGAUCUCUUUAAAGAACCUUCUCCUGAUGUUAGUUCUACCUGUUCGGCUUCAGUAGUUGAAACUAUUCUGGAGAAAUUUUUACCAGAGUUCCCAGACUCUGGCUUUCAUUCCUCCAUGAUUGAUCAAACCCACAUUAGUGAUUUACAUGGCUCUGAAAAUAGUUUUACACAUGGGAGUGACAGUUUUCCUGUGGAAAAUUCUAUAGAAACUGUCAAACAUUUUGGGGAUUCUGUUUCAGAAGGUCCUUCCAAUGCAGAAGAUGCUCUGGUAGACUAUGGAGAUCAGAGUAAGGAGAGCUCUAACAGCGAGCAAGACAGUAGUCUUUUGCAGCAGUAUCUGACAUCUGUUCAGCAGCUAGAAGAGGAUGAUGACAGGACAUGUUGCAGUGAUGGGACAGAAGGAAGUAGGCCCCAGACAGCAGCUUCAGAGGAAAAACAAGAUUCUUUAUCUGACACAGUUUCUGUGGACACUCAAGACUUAAGUUCACUUGCACAAGAUGAAAUGAGUCAGAUGCCAGAAAGCUGUAAAUUGAAUUCAGGAGUAGUGGAAGCAAAACAAACAGAGUGUGACUCUUCAUUUCAGGUGCUGCCUGUUAGCAUACCUGUCUAGUAGUUGAGCUCUGUGGAAAUUUAGGGAACCUAUUUAACACCUCUCUUCCCCCCAUUUAUACAGCACUGGCAUUCUUUUUUCCACAUGUAUUUUGUUCUAGAUUCCUCUGCCCAUGUUACCAGGAAGGCUUAACUUUAAAUAGCAUUUUGCUACUCUUAUAGUUGAAUAUUAACACUAACCGUGCUAAACUGAAAUGAGCAAGUUCUCAGUGAUGGUCAUUAUGCACUUUAUUUCUUGCCAGCUGAAUUGUAUCUGAGCAACUGGUUUCCAUAGCGUAAUACAGAAGAUUAUGGGGUUUUUUCCUAUAUGUAAAAUAGCUCAGAUUUAGUAAGACUUUACUUUUCCUUGACGACAGAAUUUGAGUUCUCACUCUACAAAAAUAGCAUGAAUUGAAGAGUUGGGAAGAAUGAAGAUUAUGUGCAUACAUACCAGUGUCAACUCACAGAAGAGAUGACAAUAGGGGUUGCUUAAUAGAUUUUUUUCUCUUUAUCUUGGAAUAAGAAUCUUGGCCAAGAUUUCAAACAACUAGGGCUUUGAAACUUGGGUUUUUAAAUCAGUGGCAUUAAUUUUUCGUUUUUCUCCUUUAACUGAAGCUCUGCAGUUUUUUCAAAGCAGGCCACUUAUGUAGGGGUUUAAACAUGGACUAAGGGGACUUGAACAUUAGCAAUCUACUUUUAUUUGAAAAAAAAGUGUUGAGUUUUUUGUCUCCAAUAUGGUGCAAGCUACUUGUUCUUUCUCAGGUAAAACUGGAGUUUCUCAGCUGGAGUCAGUGAAAGUCUUUUCUAAAAAUAAGGGCUUCAAAAGGACAUACAAGAUGAGAACAGUUUCUGAGGGAUCCCUACUUCUCUGGUUGAAGUGGGAAGCUUGAUGAUUUGUGUAAAGGUAUUGGUCUCUACAAAAAAAAUCUCUCUGUCAUAUGCAGGUACUUCAGAACAUGCAUGAAUCUCAGGAUAUUAAUUAGUGUGAUGGGCCACAAGCCCUUGUCUACGUGUAAACAUUAGGAGGAAAAUCCAGAAGUGGUUCCCUCCACUUAGAUUGCACGUAAGGUAGCAUUUAGUGUGUGAUGACCUCAGUCGGUUUUGGAUACUAAUUGUGGGCCUGUAUGCCUCCCAGUGGAUGAAUGUGCAAAGCUAAUUUUGUUAUGUUCUCCAUUUAAAUUCUGGGCAAGCAGUGAUAAAAGAUGAAUUAUUAAUGGUGUUUGUAUUUUCCCUAUUCAUCAUGUUCUGCACUGUUCUGGGAAAGAAAGGAGCACUCAGUAUGCCACAAAAGUAGCAAGGAGAAAUUAUUUUGCUAUAGAGUUGAGAGAAGAUGUUAGUAAAAUAACUGUCAAGUAACCUGCUAUAAGGCUCACCAUCAAGUUCAUUACUGUUGCAUUUCUCAGUAUCCAAAACCAAUGCUGCAACCAUUUUCAUGUGUGGAUGUCUCUGAGGUCAGCUGCACUCAUCUCAUGAAUAGAUACAGAUUUUAACUUUUGGCACUACUUUGUUGCAAAAUAGCACCAUUGCAUCUUUCAAUUUAAAGGGACUUUUCCAAACAUACUAACCUUACAAAAUAUAACUAUACCCUGGAUUUUCAGCACCUCGAUUCCUAGUCUGUUUCAGUUCCUAACGUGGAAUUCAACUCUGUGCAAAGUUGGCAAAGCCCAAGGCAUCAUUUGAGCCCUCAACAUAGAGCUUAAAUGGGACUUAAGUGAUAUAUUAAUGUUGGACUAGUUGACUGCAAAGGGGUGAAGUUACCUUUGAAGAAUAAAAUUUACCUUUGUAUAUAGUACAACCCUUCAUUUUCCCAAAAGACUGGAGGAGGAUGUUAUUGGAUAAUCAAAGGACUUUUUUGUUUUAAUCGAACAGUUAUGGCACUUGAAUAAUUACUAUAUUUAGACAAUGUGAGGCUGUAGCAUGUGAAGAAUUUGUCUUUCCAUCUAAUUCUAGUUUUAAAACAGAUCUAUGACAUAAUUAGUUUGGCAUUCAGAUCUUUAGCUCUAACAAGAUAAAACCUUCAUUUUCCAUUUACGUUGCUAGAUAUUAUGGAAUCUCUGAACUUUAUGGGACUGGCCCUUUAGAGGGUUAAUAAUUUUGUAUCAAUCAAGUUCCACAAGAUUGAGUUUGUAUAAUUAAGGGUGAGAAGAUUUGUCUGCUGCGUACAGUACAGUUGCCAAAUCUUAGAAGGAAUGUAGAAUUGGUGAUUGGGUACAUGAAGCAAUGAGUUUCCUCUCUAGUGACCUGCAUAUCAGUUUAGUGUGUUGUCAUGUUGGAAAAAUAAUUAACAGUUCUGUUAAUCUCUUUGGCUCAAGAAAGUAUCACUUCCUGACCAGUUUAAUUCUCAAAGGCACCAUAAAUAUUUUGCAUUUAAGUAUCUCAUGUACUGCCAGUAUCUAAACUGAGAAAGUGGUCCCCUACAAUUGCCAAAAUGUGAUAUCUUUGUGAAACUAAUUUUCUAUGGAAACCCCUGUAAUGAUGAAACUUGCAAACAGAUAUGCAUGAUGAUUUAUUUUAACCAAUGCUUCUGUCAGCUGUGAAAAAUUAGCAAAAUAGAUACCAACAUAUUAUUCAGCUUUAUCUUGAUACUUUUAAAAGCUUUGAAGUUUGAAAAAAGCCUUUUCUGUUCUUGUGCAGUGCAUUUGCAUGUGUAGAAGGUAAAUUGCCUAAAUUGAACAUAUAAAAAUCCCAUUGAGAGGUGAAAAUUGUGUUAACUAUAGCUUUUCCAGGGUUAAAAGCAAUUAGUUUGUACAUACGCAGAAAAAGUAUUAUGUUGACCCUGAGUUAAAGAGCAUUGUAGAAAACAAGAGACAAUGAAAGAUAAAUUUGAAAAAUAGCAAAAGGAAGCCCCUUGAUGUGUGCUAAAAAUAGCUCGUUUGAGCCCUUACUGGCUUGUCAAAGAAGCAGUUUUCGUGCUGGUUUCAUAAUUUAAUUUGUGAAUUAACAUUGACUUCUUUUUUUCUGGCAUGAACUUUUAACAAUGUAAUUAAGUCAGAUUCUUGUCUUUUCUAUGUAUUCAUGCCAACAAACAGCAAUGAAUGGAAACUACACACUGGAAUAAGAAGGCAAGAUUUGGCCUGUAACUUGCAUGAUCUCCACAUAUACAGUUUUUCCUUUAUUCUCAUGAUACGUUUAGCUCUUUUUUGGUCCAUAGAAAAAUGUGUUUUUUGUGGCAAUGAUUUUCUUUGUAUUCGUUUUUUAAAAAAUCCACAUUGACUAUAGAUUGGAGGGUACUGCAUUUUUGUACAUCUUAUUUUCUCUUCAUAGGUGGUACCUCCAGUUCUUAAUUACAAUCCGUGAUGGUUUGGUUUCCUUCAGCCAUGCUUAUGUUUUAAUAUCGAGGCAAUCUCUGUCAUAAUCAGGAGUAGAGCUCAUUUUAAUUUCAACUGUGUUGUGUUUAAUUUCCAGUGUGUUAUAAUAUUUGGUAAACUGAAUGGUUCAGGUGAUACUUUGAGAAAAUGGGACUGGAAUACUGGCUUGAAAGGAAGCCUAUUUACACAUCUCUAUUUUAAAAGUAUAUAAGCACCCACAAAGAGGACAGUCGAUUUUAUAUGUUAAGUAAUGUCUUCCUUUAGGGGAAAAAACAUGGGAAGGUUUUCCUAUUGGUGAUCGUGGAUAAAUUGUGACUUCUAUAUAAAAAUAAUUUAAGGUGGCAGAAAUAGCAUUUCUAGGUUCCUUUCAUAUCCAAAACUGUCAGCACAGUUAGUUCUGGAUAGUUAAUGAAAGUGGAAUUUCUAGUUCCAGAAGCUUCUGAAUGACUAUUAAUCUAUCUUGGUUCUGUUUUGUUAAGUAGACAGAGGAUGAGUGCUAGUAGGAUGGCAUGGAGCGUCAACCUCACUGUUGCCACUGAUUUAAAGGAGAUAGGUUCAGAUUGAUACUCACUAGUUCUCAAAAAAUAUUUAAGGUAGAUUAUCAUAUUUACAGAUAUGCUUUCACUACAGUGCAAGAUUGCAAGUUUGAUGUACUCAUUGAAAAACACAAGUAUCCUUUAGCAAAUAGGUGGGAGGACUCUUGAUAAACUAAAUGGCACAAGUGUAGCAGAACUUUUUAUUUAUAGAUUUUUUUUUUAUAAGGCCCUACAACGUGCAUGCUACAACUAAAAUACAAAUGCACUUAGCAGUUUGUCUGCCUGUAUAUAAACAAGCUUGUUUUUUCCCUAAAUAAUGUGGAAUGCCCUUAAGCUUGCAUUUGAUUUUUUUUUUUUUAAUAUUAUAGUGUAUUUACAUUUUUAUGAUCUUCUUGUAGAUAUUGUCUGCAGAAUUCCAAGCCUUAUUUCUAGUUGUGAAAUGUUGUUUGAGGAACUUGCCAAAUCCAAGAAAUGAAAGAUUCUUUCCUCUAAGUCUGCCUUAGUUUAUUGAAGGGGUAAUGUAUCAAGCACACUUACCUCAUUCAUGAGAAGGCAGAAUGGAGAUUUCCUGAAUCAAAAUGUAAUAUAAAACUGAUCACUUUCUCUGCUUUUAAAAAGUGGAAAGGAGAACUUUUUCCCUAUUCUGUAAUAUGUUUUUCGUCUUGUGGACUGUGCCACCCAAUAUAGAAAAUGUCAAGUCCAGUGAAACCUUUCAAAAAGUUUCCCUCUAGAACGAUAAAUCGUUUCCCUAAUGUGGUGUUCUAAAAACUGUUUUGCAAAGAAUCCUUUCUGGCCUCCUCUGCCUUGAUAGACUAGCAAAUCUUGGCUAUCUUAAAAGUUUGCUUCUCUUCAACAAACACAAAAUCCUUAAGUCUCACAAAAAACUCUGUAUUAGUAUUAAAGGGCAGGUGUUUUAACUGUAUAAGUGCCAUCCUAAAACUUACCAGAGUAAUAGUCACAAUCCUGUAUUUCUCUUGUACCAAAAGUUGUUGUGGAUGCCAGGUGGUAUUCUGGAUACGUAAUGAAUGCAGAAUGUCUAGCUCUAGGAGCUUCAGAAUGAUAUUUAAUCUAUCUUGGUGCUGUUUGGUAAGCAAAAGUGAUAAGGAAACCACUUUUACAGCUACCUGAAAUGUAUAACUACAUUGGGCCAAAUUUACCCUUAGUGUAAUUCCAGUGAAGUAAAUUUUGUUAUGUUUUGAGGCCUCUUUCAUAGUAGUAUUCUACCUCCUAAACUAAAGUCUUAAGGAAAGAACAAUUAGGCCUUGAUUUGUCUUUAUACUUCUCACCAUUUUCUGUGAAGAAUGGUGGGUGGGUAAACUGGUACAGUUCAUAUAUUUUCUAUGAGUGUUUACAUUUAUGAAGUUAUUGGUUCUUAUAUAGAUUUUGUUUGUACCUCUGAGUUUUGAAUUUUAAAUAAAUUAUUUGUACACUUA